AUGAAUCCAGCAGUCAAGACGAUUUUAUUAUUGCUGGUGAUCUUUACACCCACAAACGGAAAGGUCUGCGUACCCAUACUGAAGACACGACGAGAAGUCGAAUCAGCUAUGAAAUUACCGGGGAGAAUUCACAUUUGGGACUCCUCUAUUCGAGAUUUCGGCCUUCUCGAGGCACUCAUGAGAGAUGGAGAGCUUUUAUGCAGUGUUGAUUUCAUCACUCGUGAGGACUUCGAGGGGAGGACCCUUGUGGUUGCCGUAGCCUCAAGGCGCCCUUAUGUUCGCGUCGAGGGUAAUUACACCAGAGUUAGUGGCUACCUUGGGGAUAUAUGGACGAGCUUGGAAAAAACCUUGAACUUUACAUCAAUUUUCGUAAAACCAGGAGCAAGCAAUAGAAAAAUGUUGACAAAUGGAACUAUCGAUGUAUUGUUGGAAGCCAAGAUCAUGAACACGUACCCAGCUGGCCACUACGUAUACAGUUAUCAAGUCGCCACAAACUCAUAUUCAUUAUUCGCGUUAUCAGAAGGUACGAAAAUAUCAGUUUGGUGGUACGUCAAGAUCUUCAGCGGUGGUCUCUGGGCCAUGACCUCUCUCUUUCUUAUCGGUAUAACAUUCAUGCUAGUGGGAAUGUACAGGAUUAAAAAAACUACCUGUCAUGAUUACGUCGAGUGUCAUGAUGAGCUUGAUGCUGUUUCACUGGAUUUAUUGUGUGCUUUAGGAGGUAUUACUGGUCAAGGAGUCCAGAUGAUGCCCUCAUCACCGUCCUUGAGGAUCCUCAUGAUAACAUCACUGAUGAUGGGUCUCCUCAUAUACAGCGGUUUCUCCGGCAACCUUACCUCAUACCUCGCCUCACGAGGUAGCUUCACUCCCCUACAAUCCAUCCACGACGUCGCCCAGAAGCGAACACACUCCUUAUGCAUGAGGCGCAACAGUCUCGUGUACAAGGACAUAAUGACCUCGGUAUUGGGCCCUGGAUUAUCAUUAAAGGGCCUCAUCAAUACCGGCAACUGUCCCGACAUGAGAGACUCCAAGAAUCUUUGCAAAUCCGAUGUUAUUUACAUGGAAGCACCGGACAUAUUUAUCGACGCUUAUCGACAGUCAACACAACGAUGCAAAAUGAUUCAACUGCCUGGUAACUACUGGGGAUUGAGGAUCUCUUUCGUAUUCGCUCGAUUCUCACCUUAUCGGCGGGUUAUCGACAGAUACUUGAUGAGACUCCACUCAUCAGGGAUUUUUGACUAUCUCGAGAGAAAGUGGAUAUCCCGAGAAUUACGUGACGACGUGCACCAUAAAUUUGACUUCAAACCUGUUGAAUACGGCCACAUAAUAAUUAUAUUUCUGGGAUUAUGCACGAUGAUUCUACUCAGUGCAUUGAUCUGCAUUUUUGAGAUAAUAUGGCAUCGAAUUAAAUUGAGAUGUGAGAGAAAACGGAAGAUCAAAAGACGCCUGAAGACACUGGUGAAAUUGACAGAGGGAAAUUUCCCGAAAAAUUCGUACCUGAAGAGCAAUUAUCCCCAAAUAAAGAGAAUUACGUGA